AGUUGGCAUAUCACACACAGUUCUCGCUAGAAACUCAAGCCCAACAGUCAAUACAGACCUCACUUAAACCCAAAAAUCAUUUCAAUCAUGUUCAAGUUGGUGGUAUUGUCUGCUCUGCUCGCCGUAGCUGCUGCUCGUCCCGGUAAUCUGUAUGAGUCGCCGUUGGUCUACACCGCACCCGCCGCGACCAUCGUCCAGGAGCCCGUCCUGGCCAAGGUUGGCGCCGUUGUGAAGAGUGUGCCCACCUCUGUCUCCCACCAGAGCCAGUCGGUGGUGCACAGCUCCGCUCAUGUCGUCGAGGAUAUCGUCGCUCCAGUCGUCAAGUCAACGCCCGUGGUCAGCUAUGCCGCCGCUGCUCCAGUGGUGCACACCUCCUAUGCUGCUGCUCCAGUCGUGCACACCACAUAUGCCGCUGCUGCUCCAGUGGUGCACCAAGCGUAUGUCGCUGCACCAGUUGCCAAAAUCGCUGCUGCCUCGCCGCUGACCUACACCGCCACCGGAGUGUGGCACGUACGUGCUGCUACUUAUUGUGUACUCACUGUGUGUGUGCGUGCGUGUGUGUGUGCGUGCGCCUUGAAAGUGAAGUUCAAGUAUAAAAGCCAGCGACAAUUCGUCAACGGGCACAGUCCAACCUACGACACAAGUCAAAGAACCAGACAACCACAGCCAGCCAAAAUGUUCAAAUUGUUCGUUCUCGCCGCUCUGCUCGCCGUCGCUGCCGCUCGUCCCGGUCACUUGGCCGCCGCACCACAGGUCUACAGCGCACCCACUGCCAUCGUCCAGGAGCCCGCCCUGGCCAAGAUUGGCGCCGUCGUGAAGAGCGUGCCCACCGCCGUCUCCCACCAGAGCGUCACCCAGGUGCACAGCACUCCCGUCGUUGAGGAUGUGGUUGCGCCCGUUGUGAAGACCACCGUGCAUGCCGCCCCCGUGACCACCCUGGCUGCUGCUGCCCCAGUGGCCACCUAUGCGGCCAGCUAUCCAGCAGUUGCUUCAGUGUCCACCUACUCUGCCCUGCCCGCCACAUACGCCGCUGCCCAUGUGCCAUACCUGAAGAGCGUGGCGCCACUGGCCUACUCAGCACCGCUGGCCUAUUCGGCACCACUGCUGCACCACGCACCCCUGACCUACGCAGCCAGCGCCUGGUAAGAGGGUAAGAGAGAACGAAAGAUUUUGAAAGAAGUUGUUGACUUGUGUUCCACCGAAAGAAAAUCAAAUACAAAAUUCAAAUCCGAA